AUGGUGAAACUAGAGUUUAUGCGUCAGGUUUUAGCAUCCGUAUGGCAACCAGUUAGAGGGGUUCAAGUUACGGAGAUCCAAAGGGGUGUGUUCUUGUUCGUUUUCUUUCAUAGAACGGACGUGGAUUAUGUUUUGGAUGGGGGACCUUGGGCUUUUGAGAACAACGCCUUGGUUUGCAGGGAGGUACCGCCGAAUACCGCUCCGGGGGAGGUUCCGUUGAACACAAUUGAUAUGUGGGUACAAUUACACGAUAUGCCACUAGGAUAUACGUCUCAAACGGUGUUGGAACAAGUUGGAAAUUUCAUAGGAACUUUUGUGAAACAUGAUGAUCGGUUCGAAGGGGCCCUGUGGUUGACUUUCCACCGAAUUAGGGUUUCUAUUCCGGUUGAUAAGCCGCUACGACGACGAAUGAAGCUUCUGAAGAGGGAUAAGACCACGACUUGGGUAACGUUUCGUUAUGAACGAUUACACAGGUUCUGUUUUUUCUGCGGGUUAAUGGGACAUCUAUACACUUUUUGCAUUAAGGCACGAGACUCUGGAAUCCCGUUGGAACGGUACCCGUAUGGUCCGGAUAUGCGAGCUGGUGGAUCCCGGAGCGCUCCUAGAGCAGUUGGGGAUAGCUGGCUUGUGCCGGUCGGCGGGCGACCAUGUCCGAUUGAGACAGGGACCGGGGUGUCCGGGGUGGUGGCUGCACGAUUGAAUCACGGUGUACCCGUACAGGUUGAGAUGGACGCCGGAGAGCAGGUGGAGGCCAGCGGAAAACGACGCAGGUAG